CGACAGAACUGUGCUGUUGUGUCGAUAGUGGUUGUGUCCGUUUCAAAUGUAUCAUUGUAGACUGACUCAGAUUAAGUCUGAGGCCGUUAACAUCAACAGUGAGGACAAACACAGCCUGUCACUCUCCUUCCACACUGAGUAGAAACACUGGGUCUUGAUUGUGACAGGGGAGCCCAGUUUGCACUGCAGGAUCCAGAGAUGGCAUCAGUGAAGCUGGAAGACUGCAGUCAAACACUGGAGCUGAAUAUCAACAUUAAAGAUGAAGAAGAGGAGGAGGAGAAGAUUAGUACAACUGUUAGUCAUGGAUACCAUGUUGAGACAUUCUCCACAUCCAGAGAGCAACAGCAGGAAGAUCAGAGAGCAAAGAGGUCUCAUCACUGCCCACAUUGUGAAGAGAUUUUCCCAUUUCUAUCAAAGCUAAAAAUACACCUAAAAAUACACACAGGAGAGAAGCCUUACUCCUGCUCUGACUGUGGAAAACGCUUCAAAACAUCAACGGUGCUAAAACGUCAUCAGAGAACACACACAAGAGAGAAGCCUUUCUUCUGUCCUGACUGUGGAACUCGUUUCUCUCAGCUUUCCUACUUAAAAUCACAUGAACGUCUCCAUACAGGGGAGAAGCCAUACUCCUGCUCUGAUUGUGGAAAAUGCUUCAAAACAUCAACGGUGCUAAAACGUCAUCAGAGAACACACACAGGAGAGAAGCCUUACUCCUGCCCUGACUGUGGAACUCGUUUCUCUCAGCUUUCCCACUUAAAAUCACACGAACGUGUACAUACAGGAGAGAAGCCUUUCUUCUGCUCUGACUGUGGUGCAAGUUUCUCUCAGCUGAGCACCUUAAAAACACACCAACGUAUACACACAGGAGCGAAGCCUUAUUCCUGCUCUGACUGUGGAAAAUGUUUUAAAACAUCAAAUGAGCUAAAAGUUCAUCAGACAACACACACAGGAGAGAAGCCUUUCUUCUGCCCUGACUGUGGAACUCGUUUCUCUCAGCUUUCCCACUUAAAAUCACACGAACGUGUACAUACAGGAGAGAAGCCUUUCUUCUGCUCUGACUGUGGGGCGAGUUUCUCUCAGCUGGGCACCUUAAAAACACACCAACGUAUACACACAGGAGCGAAGCCUUAUUCCUGCUCUGACUGUGGAAAAUGUUUUAAAACAUCAAAUGAGCUAAAAGUUCACCAGAGAACACACACAGGAGAGAAGCCUUACGUCUGCUCUGACUGUGGAAAACGUUUUAAAACAUCAAAUGAGCUAAAAGUUCACCAGAGAACACACACAGGAGAGAAGCCUUACGUCUGCUCUGACUGUGGGGCGAGUUUCUCUCAUCUGGGCACCUUAAAAACACACCAACUUAUACACACUGGUGAGAAGCCUUACUUCUGCUCUGACUGUGGAAAAUGCUUCAAAACAUCAACUGAGCUAAAAGUUCAUCAGAGAACACACACAGGAGACAAGCCGUAUUACUGCUCUGAGUGUGGAACUAGUUUCUCUAAAUUUUCCAUCUUAAAAACACAUGAACGUAUACAUACAGGAGAGAAGCCUUACGUCUGCUCUGAUUGUGGAAAAUACUUCACAACAUCAACUCAUCUAAAAGUUCAUCAGAGAACACACACAGGGGAGAAGCCAUACUCCUGCUCUGACUGUGGAAAACGUUUUAAAACAUCAAAUGAGCUAAAAGUUCACCAGAGAACACACACAGGAGAGAAGCCUUACGUCUGCUCUAACUGUGGAACUAGUUUCUCUCGACUUUACCAUUUACAAUCACAUGAACGUAUACAUACAGGAGAGAAGCCUUUCUUCUGCCCUGACUGUGGAACUCGUUUCUCUCAGCUUUCCCACUUAAAAUCACACGAACGUGUACAUACAGGAGAGAAGCCUUUCUUCUGCUCUGACUGUGGGGCGAGUUUCUCUCAGCUGGGCACCUUAAAAACACACCAACGUAUACACACAGGAGCGAAGCCUUAUUCCUGCUCUGACUGUGGAAAAUGUUUUAAAACAUCAAAUGAGCUAAAAGUUCACCAGAGAACACACACAGGAGAGAAGCCUUACGUCUGCUCUGACUGUGGAAAACGUUUUAAAACAUCAAAUGAGCUAAAAGUUCACCAGAGAACACACACAGGAGAGAAGCCUUACGUCUGCUCUGACUGUGGGGCGAGUUUCUCUCAUCUGGGCACCUUAAAAACACACCAACUUAUACACACUGGUGAGAAGCCUUACUUCUGCUCUGACUGUGGAAAAUGCUUCAAAACAUCAACUGAGCUAAAAGUUCAUCAGAGAACACACACAGGAGACAAGCCGUAUUACUGCUCUGAGUGUGGAACUAGUUUCUCUAAAUUUUCCAUCUUAAAAACACAUGAACGUAUACAUACAGGAGAGAAGCCUUACGUCUGCUCUGAUUGUGGAAAAUACUUCACAACAUCAACUCAUCUAAAAGUUCAUCAGAGAACACACACAGGGGAGAAGCCAUACUCCUGCUCUGACUGUGGAAAACGUUUUAAAACAUCAAAUGAGCUAAAAGUUCACCAGAGAACACACACAGGAGAGAAGCCUUACGUCUGCUCUAACUGUGGAACUAGUUUCUCUCGACUUUACCAUUUACAAUCACAUGAACGUAUACAUACAGGAGAGAAGCCUUUCUUCUGCCCUGACUGUGGAACUCGUUUCUCUCAGCUUUCCCACUUAAAAUCACACGAACGUGUACAUACAGGAGAGAAGCCUUUCUUCUGCUCUGACUGUGGGGCGAGUUUCUCUCAGCUGGGCACCUUAAAAACACACCAACGUAUACACACAGGAGCGAAGCCUUAUUCCUGCUCUGACUGUGGAAAAUGUUUUAAAACAUCAAAUGAGCUAAAAGUUCACCAGAGAACACACACAGGAGAGAAGCCUUACGUCUGCUCUGACUGUGGAAAACGUUUUAAAACAUCAAAUGAGCUAAAAGUUCACCAGAGAACACACACAGGAGAGAAGCCUUACGUCUGCUCUGACUGUGGGGCGAGUUUCUCUCAUCUGGGCACCUUAAAAACACACCAACUUAUACACACUGGUGAGAAGCCUUACUUCUGCUCUGACUGUGGAAAAUGCUUCAAAACAUCAACUGAGCUAAAAGUUCAUCAGAGAACACACACAGGAGACAAGCCGUAUUACUGCUCUGAGUGUGGAACUAGUUUCUCUAAAUUUUCCAUCUUAAAAACACAUGAACGUAUACAUACAGGAGAGAAGCCUUACGUCUGCUCUGAUUGUGGAAAAUACUUCACAACAUCAACUCAUCUAAAAGUUCAUCAGAGAACACACACAGGGGAGAAGCCAUACUCCUGCUCUGACUGUGGAAAACGUUUUAAAACAUCAAAUGAGCUAAAAGUUCACCAGAGAACACACACAGGAGAGAAGCCUUACGUCUGCUCUAACUGUGGAACUAGUUUCUCUCGACUUUACCAUUUACAAUCACAUGAACGUAUACAUACAGGAGAGAAGCCUUUCUUCUGCUCUGACUGUGGGGCGAGUUUCUCUCAGCUGGGCACCUUAAAAACACACCAACGUAUACACACAGGAGGGAAGCCUUAUUCCUGCUCUGACUGUGGAAAAUGUUUUAAAACAUCAAAUGAGCUAAAAGUUCACCAGACAACACACACAGGAGAGAACUAGUUUCUCUCAGCUUUCCCACUUAAAAUCACAUGAACGUAUACAUACAGGGGAGAAGCCACACUCCUGUUCUGAAUGUGGAAAAUGUUUCACAAAAUCAACUCAUCUAAAAGUUCAUCAGAGAACACACACAGGAGAGAAGGCUUACUCCUGUUCUGACUGUGGUUUAAGUUUCUCUCGACUGUAUACCUUAAAAAACAUAAACCUAUACAUGGAGAGAAACCAUACUCCUGCUCUGCCCGUGUAAAAUGCUUCAAAACAGCAACUGAGCUAAAAGUUCAUCAGAGACCACACUCAUGAGAGAAGCCUGCUUAUGUCUGCUCUGACUUUUGAGUGAGUUUCUCUCAAAGGCUAGACCCAAGACAAACGUCUUGCCAAAGGCUGCUUGUUUGAAUCUCAUCAAGGAGGACUUGAGCAUUUCAGCUAAUUAGCAACUUUGCAACUACUUACUACUUUUUAACUAUGUUAGCGUGUUAGCUUAGCAUGCAACUACUUAGCAUGUUAGCUAACCUUUCCCCUAAAACCAUUUAACCCCUCACCCCUAACCUAGCUAAUGUUAGCAACAACAAAUUGGAAUUUGGGCAUAGGCCCACUUGAGAGCCAGGCCCAGCCAGUCAGAAUGAGUUUUUCCACACAAAAUGUUUUUAUUACAGACAGAAAUACUACUCAGCCCCCCCAGACAAUCCUGCAGGUGAAGAGGUCCUGGGCUGCCAUGGUUACAUGUGAUCUGCAGUUGUGAGGCCGGUUGGAUGUACUGCCAAAUUCUCUAAAAGGACGAAGGACGUUAGAGGUGGCAGCACUGGUGGACGUUCCUGCAGUCAUCAUGAGAAUUGCACAUUCCCUAAACUUGAGACAUCUGUGACGUAGUGUGGCCUUUAUUUAGGUUUACAUGCUCACUAACAGGGAUAUUAACGAAUUUGUGCAAACAUUUGAGAGAAAUAAGAUUUGUGUGCCUAUGGAACAUCUCUGGAAGUUUUUAUUUCAGCUCAUGGAACCAAUACUUUACAUGUUUUGUUUAUAUUUUAGUUCAGUUUAUAUUGGUAGGCCAAUGUCAUGUAACCGAACAUGCAAAAUGGAGUGGAUGUUUUUGUAACAUAUAAUACGUUUUGCUCUGAGACCAGGUUGUCCCUCUGCAGUAUUCUGUGGAAAGGAGUGAGUUGAUACUUCUUACAUUUUUUAUUGAACCUUUAUUUAACGAGGCAAGUCAGUUUAGGACAAAUUCUUAAUUACAAUGAUGGCCUAGGAACAGUGGGUUAACUGCCUUGUUCAGAGGCAGAACAACAGAUUUUUACCUUGUCAGCUCAGGGAUUUGAUCUAGCAACCUUUUGGUUACUGGCCCAACGCUCUAACCACAAGUCUACCUUCCACCCCUAACGUGUAUCAGAUAGAGAUGGUGUGAUGAUCACUUUUCACCACUAGUUUGGGGGGAUUAUUUUACCAUUUUAUUUAAUGAUACACAGCUUAUGAAAUUAAUACAUGUGUUUAUUAAUUGUCUUUCAAACUAGAUGAGUUAUUUUGAGCCCCAAAGUUAUAGCGAUAAAACAGUGUGAAAUAAAUGAUCUGUUUGAUCAUGUCAACAUCGUACUUUCAACAUCUGAGCUAGCAGUCAUCAUCAUGAAUCAAGUCCACAAUCUACUGGCAAAUCCUUUUUAAUCUUUGUCAUAUGAAGAGAAAUAAUGAGAAAUUAUAGAUAAAAUGUAUCGGUGCUCAUUGGCAAUUGGACAUAAACAUCACACAACAAAUUGCAAAUUCAACAAUGAUUGGUUUGGAAGGAAUCAGUGGCUAACUGCAAGCAUUGCAAAGCAAUCAUUAGCCUACUAUUCAGUGGAGUGGCUGUGUGGUCUCAAGUCGAAGAUUAAGGGGCUCUUUUCCUAGUUUAAAACUGUAAACAUUCAACAUUGGCCAUGCUGUCAAUGGAGCUUGAUUUUACGCCAUGCUCAAAUCAACUUUACUCGCUACUGCAAAACCUGACUUGUGUGAGUUCAAAACAACUGGGAACUUGGGGAAAAACAAGCUACGACUGAGAAAAUAUGUUUUGAACUUUCAUCCAACUCGGAAUUGUAAAUUGGGAACUCGUGCCUCUUUCUACAGCUAUGACCUGAAGAUCACUGACGUCAUCAUGAUUCCUUUUUCUUCUUCUUCGAGUUCCCAGUUGUCUUGAAAGCACCACAAAUCCAGAGAAUGCCAUAAUUUGUUGACGAAGUUUGAUGACAAAAUAUUCCCACAAAUUACUGCCGCGCCACCUUCCUAUUCAAGUGAGCACAGCACAACAAAGUGAAUCCAAAAAUGUCUUGUAUGCUGCUGCAUAAAUUAUGUAAUAUGCCAGGGAGAUGUGUAUUCUGUAGCUAAGAAAGUAAUACUAAGUGUAUGUUGUGUAGUAAGAUGUUUGUAGGCCAUGUGCCUCACCCUAAUUAUUUUGUCUCGUUUCACAUCUUAAUUUUGCCUACUGUCGUGACUUGGUGAUUCACAUGUUGCCUAUAACCUGUUUUUGAGAAAUGUAAUCAUUGAAUAUUGUAAGAAUUUUCAUUGUCUGCAUAUGCCCCUUUAUUUAUCCUACGGUUCUGACUUGGCGUACAGGGAGAACACUGUAAGAACGGCCCAUGUUCUGGACUACGUCCGUCCUUGCUCGCUCAUUAAUGUCUUUAUCGAAAUGACGGAUUGCCUCUUGUCGUCCCCUUAUGCCAUAGUUUGUAAAUAUCAAUUGUCAGUAGAAACCACAUUUGUUUAAGUAAGUCAGGCAUGUUAUUUUAAAAGGCAGUAAAUGAUUCAGCUUGGAUUCGAACCAGGGACUGUAGUGAUGUCUCUUGCAAUGAGAAUGAGGUCCCUUAGACCGCUGCGCCACUCGGGAGACCUUAAAAGGUUUGCGCCCAAUGUAGGGCAGGAGUUGGAAGGCACAAGCAGGGAGCCCAGCAAACAGAGAGUUGAGUAAUUUUUUGGUACUCCUCCCCAGAUCUGUGCCUCACCACAAACCUGCCUCGAAGCUCCACAGAAAAGUUAUUUGACCCCAUUGCUUGGUUUUUGCUCUGACUUGCACUGUCAAAUGUGGGACCUUAUAUGGACAGGUGUGAUCCUUUUCCAAUCAUGUACAUACAUUUGAAUUUACCACAGGUGGACCCCAAUCAAAUUGUAGAAACAUCUCAAGGAAGAUCAAUGGAAACAGGAUGCACUUGAGCUGAAUUUUGAGUCUCAGAGGAAAGGGUCUGAAUAUUUAUGCAAAUAAGGUAUUCUUUUUUAUAAAUUGACAAAUUUAUAAAAUACUUUUUUCGCUUUGUCAUUAUGUGUAUAUUGUGUGUAUAUUGAUGAGGGGUAAAAAAUGCAUUUAAUCCAUUUUUGUAUAAGCCUGUAAGUAACAAUAUGUGGAAAAAGUCAAGGGGUCCUGUAUAAUGCCCUGUAUAUGCUUUAAACUACAAUUUAAGGAUCUGAAGUGAUAAACACAAAGGCAUAAUGGAAAAUGCAUUUCCAAUGGUUCUCUGUAUGAGUCACAUUAAAACACUAGGAAGGGCAGUGGUUAUCUGUAUUAGUAUUACCAACAUAAAAACACCUAGGAAGAGCAGUGGUUCUCUCUGUGUUAGUAUUAUCUCUGUUUCACCCACAUUAAAACACCUAGGUAGAGCAGAGAGGACAGAGCAUGUGGCUUUGUAACACACAGGUGUUUCAUAUCCACACUGGGAUGAUUUUAACAGUGCAACGCCACACAGGCCUCAUGCCUCUCAGGUAGGAGGGUACCAGAAGUAAACUAAUAAUAAACACAAAACUAAUGACUGAGCACACAGGGGCACAGCACUUUAGGAGGACACAGUCACCAACAAUAUAUCCCGUUGUCAAUACUUUCAACUGGCUCAGCUCACUGUUACAGUACAGCACCAACAAAUUCCAUGUAUUAAGUAACCAUCUGUCUUUUGUAACCAGAAAAACGUAACAUAAUACUGUUUUGAGAGUCCCUGAUUUAUAUUUACUAUGUUACACCUCGUCAAUGAGACGAGGCUGCUCCUAUAUUAUGCACAGCAGGUCAAGAGGUGUGUUUUCCCUUCAGCAUCUGCAUGUGGCAUAAGCUCACCCACCUCACAGCAUGAAUCUAAAAUGGUUAACUAGGCAAUUACUUGAAUAAUUCAAUGGAUGUUUUGUUUACAGACUUGAUGAGUAAAUUGUCUUGUUUAAAAAAAAAACGUGACUUCGCAAUGGGGCCAUCAAUGGGAAUUGGGCCGUGCUUCAGCUGAACUGCACUACGGAAAAUGCCCUCUGAGCACAAUGGAAAGCAUGCUUACAGACUGGAAGCCUGGCCCCUUGAUCCAAAAGAGGUGUAAUUGCAGAACGCAAUUAGGGGCGUUCUCUGAUAUCGAGUGUUUCAUGAUAUCUACUUUAAACCAAUUGAUGCUCCCCGUUGGUCCGUGUCCGUUUCUUUUGCAUUGGGACAAGUUGUUGACAUCUGUUACAUUGUAGCUAACCCUAACCCUUUUCCUAACCUUAACCUCAGUCUUAAACGUCGGCAAAAAAGGUAAUUAAAUUGUUGCCUGAAGCACAGUUAAAGUCACCAAUGCUCUGGAUAACAUGAACACAGACUAACCAGCUCUGCUAAGGCGAGUAAAUUGGUCAGACUUCUCUCAUUUGUACUGAAAGUAGCUCGCAAGCUAGCCAAUGCUAACCAGUUAACUUGGAUGCUUGACUGCCGUUGUGAGGUCAGAACGCUUGAAUCAACCCUCCUCCUCCGCCAGACCGGAGCUAACCCUUUCCCUAACCUCAGUCUCCUAACCUGCCAAGGUAAUUAACCUAAAUUGCCACUUUAAUGAUCCUAACCUGUAAGGGGCACACUCCAACACUCAGACAUAGCGUGCGUUCCUAAAUUCGCUCUGGCUGUAUACUCCGAUUUCAGAGCACUCUGGUCUGAGUGCCAGAGGGCAGAAUAAUUGAUGAAAAACGAACGCUCAACACUCCUUGAAUACCGCCGUAGGUGGCGGCAGACAAGUUAUAGUUGUGUUAAUGUCAGUACACCAGAGAAGAAGAUGACGCUGUUGCACUGUCGUUGUGGGGAACAGGAAGUUCCGGGUCGAAACGACAGAACUGUGUUGUGUCGAUAGUGGUUGUGUCCGUUUCAAAUGUAUCAUUGUAGGUAUGUAAUAGCAUGUUUAAACUUUCUAAUAUCGAAAUAAUAUAUAACAUGCUAGGUAACAAAUCCGUUUCACGCCUGGUAAUGGUUUUAAUUGUAUGUGUUAUUUUGGAGUCAAACCGAGUGAGUGAAGAACGUGAUUAAAAACGAUUUUACAAGUCACUUUGGGUUUGUCUGAGUGUAUGUACAUAUUUUCGUCAAAGUCAUUUCAUUAAGAUUCCACUUAUUUGAGUUCGUUUUUACAUGUUCUUGGUUUUGUGUAAAAUGCUGUUUAUGAGCUGGUAAAUUGCAUCGUCCGAACCAUCCUGUUCUCGCGAGUUUACAUACACUGUCUCGUUAAUGUAAGCUCGCGAGAUCAGGAUGGUUCAGACGAGGCAAGUCAAAUGGUGGCUUCGACUGUUUCGGUCGUCUUUCAAGGAGUUUGCUCGUGGUGAAAUGGCGACAUGAGGCUGUGUGAUGAAGUGUCAAAAUAGAGGGAAGCAAACUGAAGUUAUCCUUCACCAUUUGGAGAGAGAGAGGCCAACUGCAUGGAAUGGCGUCGAUUAAUGCGAAUGAGUGCCUGCUUGUUUUCGCUCCAUACCUGUACUUGAUACACGUACUGACUCAGAUUAAGUCUGAGGCCGUUAACAUCAACAGUGAGGACAAACACAGCCUGUCACUCUCCUUCCACACUGAGUAGAAACACUGGGUCUUGAUUGUGACAGGGGAGCCCAGUUUGCACUGCAGGAUCCAGAGAUGGCAUCAGUGAAGCUGGAAGACUGCAGUCAAACACUGGAGCUGAAUAUCAACAUUAAAGAUGAAGAAGAGGAGGAGGAGAAGAUUAGUACAACUGUUAGUCAUGGUAAGAGCUGGUUCUGUCUAUAAAUUAUCUUCAUAUAUAAGUUAUGACCAGUCUAUUGCUUGGUUGAAUUCUGUAAUUCUGACAUCACACAUCCCUGAACAACUCAAGACUUCACAGCGAAGCAAAACAUUUAAAAACUUGUCAUGCCUGCCUUUGCCCACACAUUGUCUCAAGAAUGUU